AUGCGCAUCUUCUUACUGCCCGUUUCGACGCGGCGGACGCUCAUCUACUGCGAGCGCAURCAGACGCAGGUCACCGGAGCCCAACCACCCAUCCAGGACCGCAUUGUCAACAAAGUCGCGACUACUUGGGCAUCAUGGGAGAAGCAUGAAAAGGGAUGGCRGAAGAAGGUGACGGUCUAUGGCAACCAGAUGUUCAGGCGCAUUCCCUACGAGGAGUGGGGCUUGAAGUCCAUGCCCACCGCGAACGAGAAGCGCAUGCAAGAGGCCAGCAGCGGGCAAGUGAGAUACGAAUGUUUGUUUCCCGCCGCCUUUGUCAAGGAGGCCAAGGUAUCGGAGAUUCUGAGCAAGCUCGCCACGGAGCGGCAGGAGCUGCACAGGAAGAGAAUGAUUGCAUGUCUCACUUUCGCGCCCUUUACUAUUCCAUUCGCCUUGGUGCCAGUCAUACCCAAUCUGCCAUUCUUCUACCUCAUGUUCCGCGCCUACUCCCAUUACAAGGCACUCUACGGGUCCAAGAUGUUACAGCAUCUCACGACUAACAAGCUGAUCAAAGCCACUGCAUCGCCUCAGUUGGAUGAGAGAUAUGCCGCAGGCCUGCUUCACAGGACGCUUGGCGAGGCCAAGGCAGCCAAGCCUACCCAAGAAGAGAUUGAAUACAUUGCCCGUGACGUGGAAAUCCAGACCGAUGGGGGCAAGACGGAGGUCAGGCUUCUCGAGUCGUGGAAUGGAGCAUUGAUAGCAGAGGGGUUCGAGCUCCCGGAGAUGGAAAUUGAGAUUGAAAGAGCGGCGUGGCAAGUGGAGCAAGCCAUCGAGAAGACCAAGGCCGAAGCCAUUGAAGGCAAUGGCAAGGAUGUCGACGCGUCGACAACCAAUUCGAGUACGAGUGCGGAAUCCAAGGACGAGAWGAGAUGA